AUGUUCAAAAACAUCUUCCACAAACGUCCGCAGGACAUCUAUGCGGGCUCUGAAGCCCCUAGAGAGUCGGUUUCUACCAAUGAACAUGAGAAAGGCCCCGGAGAUCUUGUGGAUACCCCAAUCCCCCUCCUCACCUGGCGCUCGUGUGUUAUGGGUCUCUUCGUCUCCAUGGGAGGUUUCCUUUUUGGUUAUGACACCGGUCAGAUCUCUGGCUUUUUGGAAAUGCCAAACUUCCUUCAACGCUAUGGCGAACCUGGUCCAGAUGGAACUUACCACUUCAGUAACGUUCGUUCUGGUUUAAUCGUUGCUUUGCUGUCUAUCGGUACGCUGAUCGGGGCUUUGGUCGCAGCACCUAUUGCUGAUCGCCUUGGGCGCAAAUGGUCCAUCAGCGCAUGGUCCCUAAUGGUUUGCAUCGGAGUCACCGUACAGAUCUCUUCGCCCUUUGGAAAGUGGUAUCAAGUUGCCAUGGGCCGAUGGGUUGCCGGACUAGGUGUCGGUGCCAUCUCCCUCUUGGUCCCUAUGUAUCAAGCUGAAUCAGGCCCAAGACAUAUUCGAGGAUCUCUGAUUAGUACCUACCAGCUCUUCAUCACACUUGGAAUUUUCAUUGCCAAUUGCAUCAAUUUUGGAACAGAAGCCCGAUCUGACACUGGCUCAUGGCGUAUCCCUAUGGGUAUUACGUACCUGUGGGCCAUCGUUCUCGGAACUGGCAUGGCCUUCUUCCCGGAGAGUCCUCGCUUCGACUACCGCCAUGGAAAGGUAGAAAAGGCUAAGAACACACUGGCCAAAAUCUACGGUAUUCCCAUCAACCACCGUGUUCUUUGCAUCGAAUUUGAUGAGAUCAAGCAAAAGCAUGAAGAAGAAAUGCGCAGUGGACAAGUUACCUGGGUUCAGAUGUUCCGCGCCCCGACAAUGGCGAAGCGCAUAGCUGUUGGUGUUGCUCUGCAAGCUCUUCAGCAGCUGACUGGUGCUAACUACUUCUUCUACUAUGGAACAACGAUUUUCAAGGGAGCUGGUAUCCCCAACAGCUACGUCACGCAGAUGAUUUUGGGAGGCGUCAAUUUUGGAACAACAUUCCUGGGUCUCUAUUUGAUUGAGCACUAUGGUCGGCGCCGGUCUUUAAUCAUUGGUGCCUUGUGGAUGUUUGUCUGCUUUAUGAUCUUUGCCUCCGUGGGCCACUUCUCCCUUGACCAAGAAUUCCCCGAAAGGACUAAGCCUGCUGGUGUGGCUAUGGUGGUAUUCGCCUGCCUAUUCAUUCUUGGCUUCGCCAGUACCUGGGGCCCCAUGGUAUGGAGUAUCAUUGCAGAGUUAUAUCCCUCUCAAUACCGUGCGCGAGCUAUGUCUCUGGCCACUGCCUCAAACUGGCUCUGGAACUUCCUCCUUGCAUUCUUCACACCCUUCAUUACGGGAGAUAUCGACUUCCGCUUCGGCUAUGUCUUUGCGGGAUGUCUUUUCCUUGCUGCGGGCUUGGUUUAUGUCGCCGUUAUCGAAGGUCAAGGUCGCACUCUGGAGGAGAUUGAUACAAUGUACCUCAUGAAUGUCAAGCCGUGGAAGAGCUCGAAGUUCCAGUUCCCUGCUGACCCAAAUGUUAUCCGGGGCUCGUUUGAUAAGGGGGAAGAUUUCGCCGCGUCGUCUCACGUUGCCGAUCCCACUACCGAGUUGCGAGAGGAUGGGUCAACCGUGCCUGAGACACGGCCGCAGAGCUAA